AUGUUGUUUGGAGGAAAUAAGAAUGGCAAUGGUUUCUGUAACAAUUCCCUCAAUAUUAACAAUCAACAGCAAACAAACAAUGGUACUUCUUCAUUUCCAUCAUCAAGUGGUAGUUCUGGACUACAUCUUUCUCUCAAUUAUAACGAACUAACUAACAUGCAGUAUCCUCAAACCUAUAAUGGAAAUAACAUGUUCAGUUCAUCACCACAUGCAACAAACUCCAUCAAUAUUCACAAGACAUGCUACGAUAAUAACUUCAUCAGAUCAAAUAACCAGCAUCAAGAGAAUAUGAUCUCUCCUCUUGAUUUCUCAAACAUGUUCAAUGUACAAAAUAAUAAUUCAUCAAACAUGAAUAAUUGCAACAUGAGGAACGGAAAUCAAAUUUCAAACAAUUUUCACAUGAAUCAAAACAGUCAACAACAUGUAAAUUUCAACGUGGUUCCUCAAAACUCAAUGACUGGUCAAUACGAACCACUAGUCCAAUCAUUUUCAAAUCCAUUCCAACUAGGUUCCGCAAACCAAAGAGUAUCUGAGCCUUCCUUAGCCCUUGAAGAUACUUGCAUUUCCCAGUUUUGUAGCACAGAGGCCCUUAACAAGAGGAAGCAAACGUUAUCUGAUUUCCAAUUACAGUCAAACAACUCAAUCUCAAAUACCAUAGAGUGUUCUUCAAGCAUAUCUCCACAACCAUUCAUUGAAAAUAGUCAAAAUGCAAUGAAUUUAGUUGAGAACUCUUUCAAUACACAUCUUGGAACGACAAACAAAAUGCAAUCAUCAUUUCCUCACAAUAAUAACUGUUACCUUAAUAACAACAGCAACGACAUGCAUUUUGGGGGAGAACAUUGUUUUGAUCCUUCAGAUGAUGCAUCAUCUAACGAGCAUGUAUCAAGUCCAAAGAGUGGAGGAAAGGAAAGAGUUGUUGCUUCAAGUGUAGGAAAGAAAGUGAAUGGUAGAUAUACAAAGCUUAGAAAACAGUUAAGAACAUUUGGAGGUGAUUUCACAGAUAACUACUUUGUUUUGGAUAUUUCUACAGCAGGAGAGAAGAGACCAAUUAAGGGAGGAAAGAAGAGAAAGUCAUCACCAACCGAAAAUGAAUCAGAAGAAGAAAUAUUACAUAACAAUAGAAAUCACAGAAGUUAUACCAUCCAUUCUUCAGAUUAUAACAAUAAUAUCAAAAUCAUACCAGACAUGCAAAACACAUCUGAUGAAUGUGUAAUUGACAUGGACUCAAGAAGACGUUCUUCAAUAGGACCAAUUUCUCAAUCAUCAACCAAUCCAGUCAUUAUGAUAGAUUCAGUCAACAAUAACUCAUUCAAUCCUCCUCCAUCCCUAAUAAUUUCAAACGAUUCCAUGUCGAGACCAUACUCCACUCCAAACAAUACCAUUUCCCCAAGAAGCUCCAACUCUAGAGAUAUAACACCACAAGAAGUUGAACAAACCGACAAUAGAUCUGUACAGAUACUCCUCUCUCUAUUAAUGAAUUCGGUUAAUCAACAACAAGCAACUAAGGAAAUAUCAAUCAAUAAUGAAUCAGUUCCACCACAAUCCAAUCCUCAAUUCAAUUUCAAUGUAAAUACAAGAAGUCAAUCCCUUACCCCUCAAAACUUUGCCAACAAUGAGGAUUUUUCAUUUUUGAACAUGUUGAUGAGACAGAACAACAAUAAACAAUAA